AUGGGUUGUUGUAUUAAUACUCCAUAUAUAUAUCCUGAUGGAGGAGUAUACGAAGGUGAACUCUAAAAUGGUCUUCCUGUAUGUCAUUAUUUUAAUGUAGCAUGGAAAAGGUAAAAUAUAGUGGAAAAAUGGAGAUUAUUUUGAAGGAAAUUUUGAAGCCGGUAAGAAAACUGGAAGAGGAAUAUUUAAAUGGAAUGAUUCAUCAUAUUACGAUGGAGAGUUUUAGAAUGAAAAUUUUCAUGGCUAUGGUGAAUAUUAAUGGUAUGGAGGAAAACAGUACAAAGGAUAAUGGGUUGAAGGGAAAAUUGAUGGUUAAGGUAUAUUAAUAGAGGAUGGUAAACAAUAUCAAGGUAUAAAACUUUAUUUAUUUUGUUAGGAUAGUUUAAAAAUGACAAAAAAGAAGGUCAAGGUGAAAUGACAUGGUCUAAUGGUUAAAAAUAUAUUGGAGAAUGGAAAAAUGGAAAAUAGCAUGGUAAGGGAAAACUUAUUAAUACUAAUGGACAUGUCACAGAGGGUUAAUGGAUUAAAGGCAAGAAAUAAUGA